GGUGAUGAUCAUGAUAAAGAAGGUGGAGCUGGAAAUGAUGGGGAUGAUGAAGGCGAAGCUGGAGAUGCUGGAGCUGGAAAUUAUGCUGAUGAUGAAGAAGGUGGAUCUGGAGAUGAUGGUGAUGAUGAAGAAGGUGGAGCUGUAGAUGAUGAAAAAGGGAGCUGAAGAUGGUGGUGUUGAUGAAGAAGGUGAAGCUGGAGAUGGUGGUGAUGAUGAAGAAGGUGGAUCUGGAGAUGAUGUUGGUGAUAUUGAAGAUGGAGAUGGUGGUAGUGAUAAUGCAGAAGGUGGAGCUGGAAAUGAUGGUGAUGAUGAAGGUGAAGCUGGAGAUGGUGGUGAUGAUGAAGAAGGUGGAUCUGGAGAUGAUGUUGGUGAUAUUGAAGAUGGAGAUGGUGGUAGUGAUAAUGCAGAAGGUGGAGCUGGAAAUGAUGGUGAUGAUGAAGGUGAAGCUGGAGAUGGUGGUGAUGAUGAAGAAGGUGGAUCUGGAGAUGAUGUUGGUGAUAUUGAAGAUGGAGAUGGUGGUAGUGAUAAUGCAGAAGGUGGAGCUGGAGAUGAUGGUGAUGAUGAAGGCACAGAUGGUGGUUGCGGUGAAGAUAAUGGACAUAGAGAAAAUGGUGGAUGAUGAAGAGAAUAAUGAUAAUGUAGAUGAAAUGGUAUAAAAUUCUUAACCUCUGUGUGCAGUAAAGCCCGGCACCCCCAAGUCUUCUCCUCUUAGAAAGUAAUGGAAGAGGAUGAGCACGAAGGAAAGUUCUCAAUGACUGAGCAGAUUCUACAAUGGAAACGUUUCCCUCAGCGUUCUUCUAGAAGUGAUGGCGUUGACUGAGUACAAAGCCAAAAGUGGCUUAGACAGCGCUCUCUGUAGUCUUAGUCUGGGUUCAUACCAGGAUUUUCUGCCUUGGAGGCUGACGUAUUCAUGCGAGAAGAUGGAAUAGUCAGUGACCAAUACCCAGGAGAGAGGACAGGUAGGAUAGGUCCAUCCUCUACAACACAGCAGCACCGGCAACAGACCCCAGUAUACACAGAAGUUCUACAUGCAUUCCCCCAGAGCUGCCUCAACAGCGUUGUAUCCGUGGGUAUAGUAACUCGUUUGGAAAUGGGUGAUGUACAGAUUGUCCCUAUAUAAGAUACACCGCAUCGAUCAUCACUAAAACACACACCCUACAGAGUACUGUCCAGGUACAACUGUUAUCAGUAACAUACACACACCCUACAGAGUACUGUCCAGGUACAACUGUUAUCAGUAACAUACACACACACUACAGAGUACUGUCCAGGUACCACUGUUAUCAGUAACAUACACACACCCUACAGAGUACUGUCCAGAUACAACUGUCAUCAGUAACAUACAUACACACCCUACAGAGUACUGUCCAGAUACAACUGUUAUCAGUAACAUACACACACCCUACAUAGUACUGUCCAGAUACAACUGUUAUCAGUAACAUACACACACCCUACAGAGUACUGUCCAGAUACAACUGUUAUCAGUAACAUACACACACCCUACAGAGUACUGCCCGGGUACAACUGUUAUCAGUAACAUACACACACCCUACAGAGUACUGUCCUGGUACAACUGUCAUCAGUAACAUACACACACCCUACAGAGUACUGUCCGGGUACAACUGUUAUCAGUAACAUACACACACCCUACAGAGUACUGUCCAGGUACAACUGUUAUCAGUAACAUACACACACCCUACAGAGUACUGUCCUGGUACAACUGUCAUCAGUAACAUACACACACCCUACAGAGUACUGUCCGGGUACAACUGUUAUCAGUAACAUACACACACCCUACAGAGUACUGUCCAGGUACAACUGUUAUCAGUAACAUACACACACCCUACAUAGUACUGUCCAGGUACAACUGUUAUCAGUAACAUACACACACCCUACAGAGUACUGUCCAGGUACAACUGUUAUCAGUAACAUACACACACCCUACAGAGUACUGCCCGGGUACAACUGUUAUUAGUAACAUACACACACCCUACAGAGUACUGCCCGGGUUCAACUGUUAUCAGUAACAUACACACCCUACAGAGUACUGUCCUGGUACAACUGUCAUCAGUAACAUACACACACCCUACAGAGUACUGUCCUGGUACAACUGUCAUCAGUAACAUACACACACCCUACAGAGUACUGCCCGGGUACAACUGUUAUUAGUAACAUACACACACCCUACAGAGUACUGUCCAGGUACAACUGUUAUCAGUAACAUACACACACCCUACAGAGUACUGUCCAGAUACAACUGUUAUCAGUAACAUACACACACCCUACAUAGUACUGCCCGGGUACAACUGUUAUCAGUAACAUACACACACCCUACAGAGCACUGUCCAGGUACAACUGUUAUCAGUAACAUACACACACCCUACAGAGUACUGUCCAGGUACAACUGUUAUCAGUAACACACACACACUACAGAGUACUGCCCGGGUACAACUGUUAUCAGUAACAUACACACACACUACAGAGUACUGUCCAGGUACAACUGUUAUCAGUAACACACACACACACUACAGAGUACUGCCCGGGUACAACUGUUAUCAGUAACAUACACACCCUACAGAGUACUGUCCAGGUACAACUGUCACCAGUAACAUACACACACCCUACAGAGUACUGUCCAGGUACAACUGUUAUCAGUAACAUACACACACACUACAGAGAACUGUCCAGGUACAACUGUCACCAGUAACAUACACACACCCUACAGAGUAAUGUCCAGGUACAACUGUUAUCAGUAACAUACACACACCCUACAGAGUACUGUCCAGGUACAACUGUUAUCAGUAACAUACAUACACCCUACAGAGUACUGUCCAGGUACAACUGUUAUCAAUAACAUACACACACCCUACAGAGUACUGCCCGGGUACAACUGUUAUCAGUAACAUACAUACACCCUACAUAGUACUGCCCGGGUACAACUGUUAUCAGUAACAUACACACACCCUACAGAGUACUGUCCAGGUACAACUGUUAUCAGUAACAUACACACACCCUACAGAGUACUGCCCGGGUACAACUGUUAUUAGUAACAUACACACACCCUACAGAGUACUGCCCGGGUACAACUGUUAUCAGUAACAUACACACCCUACAGAGUACUGUCCUGGUACAACUGUCAUCAGUAACAUACACACACCCUACAGAGUACUGUCCUGGUACAACUGUCAUCAGUAACAUACACACACCCUACAGAGUACUGCCCGGGUACAACUGUUAUUAGUAACAUACACACACCCUACAGAGUACUGCCCGGGUUCAACUGUUAUCAGUAACAUACACACCCUACAGAGUACUGUCCUGGUACAACUGUCAUCAGUAACAUACACACACCCUACAGAGUACUGUCCUGGUACAACUGUCAUCAGUAACAUACACACACCCUACAGAGUACUGCCCGGGUACAACUGUUAUUAGUAACAUACACACACCCUACAGAGUACUGUCCAGGUACAACUGUAAUCAGUAACAUACACACACCCUACAGAGUACUGUCCAGAUACAACUGUUAUCAGUAACAUACACACACCCUACAGAGUACUGUCCAGAUACAACUGUUAUCAGUAACAUACACACACCCUACAUAGUACUGCCCGGGUACAACUGUUAUCAGUAACAUACACACCCUACAUAGUACUGCCCGGGUACAACUGUUAUCAGUAACAUACACACACCCUACAGAGCACUGUCCAGGUACAACUGUUAUCAGUAACAUACACACACCCUACAGAGUACUGUCCAGGUACAACUGUUAUCAGUAACAUACACACACCCUACAUAGUACUGUCCAGGUACAACUGUUAUCAGUAACACACACACACUACAGAGUACUGCCCGGGUACAACUGUUAUCAGUAACAUACACACACACUACAGAGUACUGUCCAGGUACAACUGUUAUCAGUAACACACACACACACUACAGAGUACUGCCCGGGUACAACUGUUAUCAGUAACAUACACACCCUACAGAGUACUGUCCAGGUACAACUGUCACCAGUAACAUACACACACACACUACAGAGAACUGUCCAGGUACAACUGUCACCAGUAACAUACACAUACACACUACAGAGUACGGUCCAGGUACAACUGUUAUCAGUAACAUACAUACACCCUACAGAGUACUGUCCAGGUACAACUGUUAUCAAUAACAUACACACACCCUACAGAGUACUGCCCGGGUACAACUGUUAUCAGUAACAUACAUACACCCUACAUAGUACUGCCCGGGUACAACUGUUAUCAGUAACAUACACACACCCUACAGAGUACUGUCCAGGUACAACUGUUAUCAGUAACAUACACACACCCUACAGAGUACUGCCCGGGUACAACUGUUAUUAGUAACAUACACACACCCUACAGAGUACUGCCCGGGUACAACUGUUAUCAGUAACAUACACACCCUACAGAGUACUGUCCUGGUACAACUGUCAUCAGUAACAUACACACACCCUACAGAGUACUGUCCUGGUACAACUGUCAUCAGUAACAUACACACACCCUACAGAGUACUGCCCGGGUACAACUGUUAUUAGUAACAUACACACACCCUACAGAGUACUGUCCAGGUACAACUGUUAUCAAUAACAUACACACACCCUACAGAGUACUGCCCGGGUACAACUGUUAUCAGUAACAUACACACACCCUACAGAGUACUGUCCAGGUACAACUGUUAUCCGUAACAUACACACCCUACAGAGUACUGUCCAGGUACAACUGUUAUCAGUAACAUACACACACCCUACAGAGUACUGUCCAGGUACAACUGUUAUCAGUAACAUACACACACACUACAGAGUACUGUCCAGAUACAACUGUUAUCAGUAACAUACACACACCCUACAGAGUACUGUCCAGGUACAACUGUUAUCCGUAACAUACACACCCUACAGAGUACUGUCCAGGUACAACUGUUAUCAGUAACAUACACACACCCUACAUAGUACUGUCCAGGUACAACUGUUAUCAGUAACACAUACACACACUACAGAGUACUGCCCGGGUACAACUGUUAUCAGUAACAUACACACACACUACAGAGUACUGCCCGGAUACAACUGUUAUCAGUAACAUACACACACCCUACAUAGUACUGUCCAGGUACAACUGUUAUCAGUAACAUACACACACACUACAGAGUACUGUCCAGGUACAACUGUUAUCAGUAACACACAAACACACUACAGAGUACUGCCCGGGUACAACUGUUAUCAGUAACAUACACACCCUACAGAGUACUGUCCAGGUACAACUGUCACCAGUAACAUACACACACACACUACAGAGUACUGUCCAGGUACAACUGUCACCAGUAACAUACACACACACACUACAGAGUACGGUCCAGGUACAACUGUUAUCAGUAACAUACACACACCCUACAGAGUACUGCCCAGGUACAACUGUUAUCAGUAACAUACACACACCCUACAGAGUACUGUCCAGGUACAACUGUUAUCAGUAACAUACACACACCCUACAGAGUACUGCCCAGGUACAACUGUCAUCAGUAACAUACACACACCCUACAGAGUACUGUCCAGAUACAACUGUUAUCAUUAACAUACACACACCCUACAGAGUACUGUCCAGGUACAACUGUUAUCAGUAACAUACACACACCCUACAGAGUACUGUCCAGGUACAACUGUUAUCAGUAACAUACACACACACUACAGAGUACUGUCCAGGUACAACUGUUAUCAGUAACAUACACACCCUACAGAGUACUGCCCGGGUACAACUGUUAUCAGUAACAUACACACACCCUACAUAGUACUGUCCAGGUACAACUGUUAUCAGUAACACACACACACUACAGAGUACUGCCCGGGUACAACUGUUAUCAGUAACAUACACACACACUACAGAGUACUGUCCAGAUACAACUGUUAUCAGUAACAUACACACACCCUACAGAGUACUGUCCUGGUACAACUGUCAUCAGUAACAUACACACACCCUACAGAGUACUGCCCGGGUACAACUGUUAUCAGUAACAUACACACACCCUACAGAGUACUGUCCAGGUACAACUGUUAUCAGUAACAUACACACACCCUACAGAGUACUGCCCGGGUACAACUGUUAUCAGUAACAUACACACACCCUACAGAGUACUGCCCGGGUACAACUGUUAUCAGUAACAUACACACCCUACAGAGUACUGCCCGGGUACAACUGUUAUCAGUAACAUACACACACCCUACAUAGUACUGCCCGGGUACAACUGUUAUCAGUAACAUACACACACCCUACAGAGUACUGUCCAGGUACAACUGUUAUCAGUAACAUACACACACACUACAGAGUACUGUCCAGAUACAACUGUUAUCAGUAACAUACACACACCCUAAAUAGUACUGCCCGGGUACAACUGUUAUCAGUAACAUACACACACCCUACAGAGUACUGUCCAGGUACAACUGUUAUCAGUAACAUACACACACACUACAGAGUACUGUCCAGGUACAACUGUUAUCAGUAACAUACACACACCCUACAGAGUACUGUCCAGAUACAACUGUUAUCAGUAACAUACACACACCCUACAGAGUACUGUCCAGGUACAACUGUUAUCAGUAACAUACACACACCCUACAGAGUACUGUCCAGGUACAACUGUUAUCAGUAACAUACACACACACUACAGAGUACUGUCCAGAUACAACUGUUAUCAGUAACAUACACACACCCUACAGAGUACUGUCCAGGUACAACUGUUAUCAGUAACAUACACACACACUACAUAGUACUGUCCAGAUACAACUGUUAUCAGUAACAUACACACACCCUACAGAGUACUGUCCAGGUACAACUGUUAUCAGUAACAUACACACACCCUACAGAGUACUGUCCAGAUACAACUGUUAUCAGUAACAUACACACACCCUACAGAGUACUGUCCAGGUACAACUGUUAUCAGUAACAUACACACACCCUACAUAGUACUGUCCAGGUACAACUGUUAUCAGUAACAUACACACACCCUACAGAGUACUGUCCAGGUACAACUGUCAUCAGUAACAUACACACACCCUACAGAGUACUGUCCAGGUACAACUGUUAUCAGUAACAUACACACACACUACAGAGUACUGUCCAGAUACAACUGUUAUCAGUAACAUACACACACACUACAUAGUACUGUCCAGAUACAACUGUUAUCAGUAACAUACACACACCCUACAGAGUGCUGUCCAGAUACAACUGUUAUCAGUAACAUACACACACACUACAGAGUACUGUCCAGAUACAACUGUUAUCAGUAACAUACACACACACUACAGAGUACUGUCCAGAUACAACUGUUAUAAGUAACAUACACACACACUACAGACUACUGUCCAGAUACAACUGUUAUAAGUAACAUACACACACACUACAGAGUACUGUCCAGGUACAACUGUUAUCAGUAACAUACACACCCUACAUAGUACUGUCCAGGUACAACUGUUAUCAGUAACAUACACACACCCUACAGAGUACUGUCCAGAUACAACUUAUCAGUAACAUACACACACCCUACAGAGUACUGUCCAGGUACAACUGUUAUCAGUAACAUACACACACCCUACAGAGUACUGUCCAGAUACAACUGUUAUCAGUAACAUACACACACCCUACAGAGUACUGUCCAGGUACAACUGUUAUCAGUAACAUACACACACCCUACAGAGUACUGUCCAGAUACAACUGUUAUCAGUAACAUACACACACCCUACAGAGUACUGCCCCGGUACAACAGUUAUCAGUAACAUACAAAAACCCUACAUAGUACUGUCCAGAUACAACUGUUAUCAGUAACAUACACACACCCUACAGAGUACUGCCCCGGUACAACAGUUAUCAGUAACAUACACACACCCUACAUAGUACUGUCCAGAUACAACUGUUAUCAGUAACAUACACACACCCUACAGAGUACUGUCCAGGUACAACUGUUAUCAGUAACAUACACACACCCUACAGAGUACUGUCCAGGUACAACUGUUAUCAGUAACAUACACACACCCUACAGAGUACUGCCCCGGUACAACAGUUAUCAGUAAAAUACACACACCCUACAUAGUACUGUCCAGAUACAACUGUUAUCAGUAACAUACACACACCCUACAGAGUACUGUCCAGGUACAACUGUUAUCAGUAACUUACACACACACUACAGAGUACUGUCCAGAUACAACUGUUAUCAGUAACAUACACACACCCUACAGAGUACUGUCCAGGUACAACUGUUAUCAGUAACAUACACACCCUACAGAGUACUGCCCGGGUACAACUGUUAUCAGUAACAUACACACACACUACAGAGUACUGUCCAGGUACAACUGUUAUCAGUAACAUACACACACCCUACAGAGUACUGUCCAGGUACAACUGUUAUCAGUAACAUACACACACCCUACAGAGUACUGUCCAGGUACCACUGUUAUCAGUAACAUACACACACCCUACAGAGUACUGUCCAGGUACAACUGUUAUCAGUAACAUACACACACCCUACAGAGUACUGUCCAGAUACAACUGUUAUCAGUAACAUACACACACCCUACAGAGUACUGUCCAGAUACAACUGUUAUCAGUAACAUACACACACCCUACAUAGUACUGUCCAGAUACAACUGUUAUCAGUAACAUACACACACCCUACAGAGUACUGUCCAGGUACAACUGUUAUCAGUAACAUACACACACACUACAGAGUACUGUCCAGGUACAACUGUUAUCAGUAACAUACACACACCCUACAGAGUACUGUCCAGAUACAACUGUUAUCAGUAACAUACACACACCCUACAGAGUACUGCCCGGGUACAACUGUUAUCAGUAACAUACACACACCCUACAGAGUACUGUCCUGGUACAACUGUUAUCAGUAACAUACACACACCCUACAGAGUACUGUCCAGGUACAACUGUUAUCAGUAACAUACACACACCCUACAGAGUACUGCCCGAGUACAACUGUCAUCAUUAACAUACACACACCCUACAGAGUACUGUCCAGGUACAACUGUUAUCAGUAACAUACACACACCCUACAGAGUACUGUCCAGAUACAACUGUUAUCAGUAACAUACACACACACUACAGAGUACUGUCCAGAUACAACUGUUAUCAGUAACAUACACACACCCUACAGAGUACUGUCCAGAUACAACUGUUAUCAGUAACAUACACACACCCUACAGAGUACUGUCCAGGUACAACUGUUAUCAGUAACAUACACACACCCUAAAUAGUACUGCCCGGGUACAACUGUUAUCAGUAACAUACACACACCCUACAGAGUACUGUCCAGAUACAACUGUUAUCAGUAACAUACACACACCCUAAAUAGUACUGUCCAGGUACAACUGUUAUCAGUAACAUACACACCCUACAGAGUACUGUCCAGGUACAACUGUUAUCAGUAACAUACACACACCCUACAGAGUACUGUCCAGGUACAACUGUUAUCAGUAACAUACACACCCUACAGAGUACUGCCCAGGUACAACUGUUAUCAGUAACAUACACACACCCUACAUAGUACUGUCCAGAUACAACUGUUAUCAGUAACAUACACACCCUACAUAGUACUGUCCAGAUACAACUGUUAUCAGUAACAUACACACACACUACAGAGUACUGUCCAGGUACCACUGUUAUCAGUAACAUACACACCCUACAGAGUACUGUCCAGAUACAACUGUUAUCAGUAACAUACACACACCCUACAGAGUGCUGUCCAGAUACAACUGUUAUCAGUAACAUACACACACCCUACAGAGUACUGUCCAGAUACAACUGUUAUCAGUAACAUACACACACCCUACAGAGUACUGUCCAGGUACAACUGUUAUCAGUAACAUACACACACACUACAGAGUACUGUCCAGGUACAACUGUUAUCAGUAACAUACACACACCCUACAGAGUACUGUCCUGGUACAACUGUUAUCAGUAACAUACACACACCCUACAGAGUACUGUCCAGGUACAACUGUUAUCAGUAACAUACACACACCCUACAGAGUACUGUCCAGGUACAACUGUUAUCAGUAACAUACACACACCCUACAGAGAACUGCCCGAGUACAACUGUCAUCAUUAACAUACACACACCCUACAGAGUACUGUCCAGGUACAACUGUUAUCAGUAACAUACACACCCUACAGAGUACUGUCCAGAUACAACUGUUAUCAGUAACAUACACACACCCUACAGAGUACUGUCCAGGUACAACUGUUAUCAGUAACAUACACACACCCUACAGAGUACUGUCCAGAUACAACUGUUAUCAGUAACAUACACACCCUACAGAGUACUGUCCAGAUACAACUGUUAUCAGUAACAUACACACACCCUAAAUAGUACUGUCCAGAUACAACUGUUAUCAGUAACAUACACACACACUACAGACUACUGUCCAGAUACAACUGUUAUAAGUAACAUACACACACACUACAGAGUACUGUCCAGGUACAACUGUUAUCAGUAACAUACACACACCCUACAGAGUACUGUCCAGAUACAACUUAUCAGUAACAUACACACACCCUACAGAGUACUGUCCAGGUACAACUGUUAUCAGUAACAUACACACACCCUACAGAGUACUGUCCAGAUACAACUGUUAUCAGUAACAUACACACACCCUACAGAGUACUGUCCAGGUACAACUGUUAUCAGUAACAUACACACACCCUACAUAGUACUGUCCAGGUACAACUGUUAUCAGUAACAUACACACACCCUACAGAGUACUGUCCAGAUACAACUGUUAUCAGUAACAUACACACACCCUACAGAGUACUGCCCCGGUACAACAGUUAUCAGUAACAUACAAAAACCCUACAUAGUACUGUCCAGAUACAACUGUUAUCAGUAACAUACACACCCUACAGAGUACUGUCCAGAUACAACUGUUAUCAGUAACAUACACACACCCUACAGAGUACUGUCCAGGUACAACUGUUAUCAGUAACUUACACACACACUACAGAGUACUGUCCAGAUACAACUGUUAUCAGUAACAUACACACACCCUACAGAGUACUGUCCAGGUACAACUGUUAUCAGUAACAUACACACCCUACAGAGUACUGCCCGGGUACAACUGUUAUCAGUAACAUACACACACACUACAGAGUACUGUCCAGGUACAACUGUUAUCAGUAACAUACACACACCCUACAUAGUACUGUCCAGGUACAACUGUUAUCAGUAACAUACACACACCCUACAGAGUACUGUCCAGGUACCACUGUUAUCAGUAACAUACACACACCCUACAGAGUACUGUCCAGGUACAACUGUUAUCAGUAACAUACACACACCCUACAGAGUACUGUCCAGAUACAACUGUUAUCAGUAACAUACACACACCCUACAGAGUACUGUCCAGAUACAACUGUUAUCAGUAACAUACACACACCCUACAUAGUACUGUCCAGAUACAACUGUUAUCAGUAACAUACACACACCCUACAGAGUACUGUCCAGGUACAACUGUUAUCAGUAACAUACACACACCCUACAGAGUACUGCCCGGGUACAACUGUUAUCAGUAACAUACACACACCCUACAGAGUACUGUCCUGGUACAACUGUUAUCAGUAACAUACACACACCCUACAGAGUACUGUCCAGGUACAACUGUUAUCAGUAACAUACACACACCCUACAGAGUACUGCCCGAGUACAACUGUCAUCAUUAACAUAAACACACCCUACAGAGUACUGUCCAGGUACAACUGUUAUCAGUAACAUACACACACCCUACAGAGUACUGUCCAGAUACAACUGUUAUCAGUAACAUACACACACACUACAGAGUACUGUCCAGAUACAACUGUUAUCAGUAACAUACACACACCCUACAGAGUACUGUCCAGAUACAACUGUUAUCAGUAACAUACACACACCCUACAGAGUACUGUCCAGGUACAACUGUUAUCAGUAACAUACACACACCCUAAAUAGUACUGCCCGGGUACAACUGUUAUCAGUAACAUACACACACCCUACAGAGUACUGUCCAGAUACAACUGUUAUCAGUAACAUACACACACCCUAAAUAGUACUGUCCAGGUACAACUGUUAUCAGUAACAUACACACACCCUACAGAGUACUGUCCAGGUACAACUGUUAUCAGUAACAUACACACCCUACAGAGUACUGUCCAGGUACAACUGUUAUCAGUAACAUACACACACCCUACAUAGUACUGUCCAGAUACAACUGUUAUCAGUAACACACACACCCUACAGAGUACUGUCCAGAUACAACUGUUAUCAGUAACAUACACACACCCUACAGAGUACUGUCCAGGUACAACUGUUAUCAGUAACAUACACACACACUACAGAGUACUGUCCAGAUACAACUGUUAUAAGUAACAUACACACACACUACAGAGUACUGUCCAGAUACAACUGUUAUAAGUAACAUACACACACACUACAGAGUACUGUCCAGAUACAACUGUUAUAAGUAACAUACACACACCCUACAGAGUACUGUCCAGGUACAACUGUUAUCAGUAACAUACACACACACUACAGAGUACUGUCCAGGUACAACUGUUAUCAGUAACAUACACACACACUACAGAGU